AUGCACUCGCCUUCAGAUUCCAGUCUCAAGUUCGACUCUAUAGAAGACACCAUCGCCGCUUUCAAGAACGGAGAGUUCAUCAUUGUUCUUGACUCGCAAGAUCGCGAAAAUGAAGGCGACCUCAUUAUUGCCGCUGAGUCGAUCACAGACGCCCAGAUGGCGUUCCUGGUUCGCUAUACGAGUGGCUUGAUCUGCGCACCAAUUACCUCUGAGAUAGCCAACCGCCUUGCCCUGCCACAGAUGGUCGUCGAGAACGCCGACCCUAAGGGCACCGCAUACACCAUCUCGAUCGACUCGAGCGACCCCUCCAUCACCACCGGAAUCUCCGCGCAAGACCGCGCCCUGACAUGCCGCACGCUCGCCUCCCCGACGGCGCGCGUCGGUGACUUCCGGCGGCCCGGCCAUAUCAUCCCCCUCCAGGCGAAGAGCGGCGGUGUGCGCGAGCGUAAGGGACACACAGAGGCUGCGGUCGACUUCUGCCGGCUGGCGGGCAAGCCGCCUGCCGGCGUGAUCGCGGAACUAGUCGAGGACGGCGAGGUGGUGGAGGGUGUCGCCGAGAUCCAGGGCAACAACGGCAUGAUGCGACGCGAUGGGUGUUUGAAGUUCGGGAAGAAGUGGGGGCUGAAGGUGUGCACGAUUGAGGAUCUGGUCGAGUACCUUGAGCGCAAUGAGGGCGCUUUUGCGAAUGGAAAGCAUUGA